AUGGUUUCCGAACCUAAAGGGGUUUAUAAUAAAACGUGUGUUUUCAAUGGAGAAAACUAUGGUUAUUGGAGGGAUUGUAUGCGUGUUCAUAUCAAUUAUAUUGAUAGAAAUGUAUGGAACUCCAUCCAAAAUGGUCCUUUUGAAAUUACGAUGACCAAUACGGAUGGUGCUGUUGUACCUAAAUCGGAAGCACAAUUGAAUGUGAAUGAUGAGAAAAUAUGGCCAUGUUAUUGUAAAGGAACGAAUAUUCUCAUAUUAGCUUUAGGAUUUGAUGAAUAUUACCGUGUUUCUCAUUGCACAACCACUAAAGUUAUGUGGGACUCAUUGCAAGUUGCCCAUGAGGGCAUAAAUGAAGUCAAACAAGCUAGAAUCAAUCCUUUGAACCAAGAGUUUGAACUCUUUCAUAUGAAUCACGGUGAAACCAUUUUCGAUAUGCAAAAGAGGUUUACUGAUCUCGUAAACUAUUUGAACGCACUUGGUAAUCCGGUUUCAAAUGAAAUUGCUACUAACAAAAUUUUAAGAUGUCUUAAUAGGGAAAGAUAUCUGAAGGUCAUGAUAAUUAAGGAAGCUAACAACCUCUUGACAUUAGAUACUACUACUUUGUUUGGUAAGCUUGAAGAACAUAACCAAGAGAUCAUUUUCUUGGAGAAGCAAGAGAGUAAGGUGAAGAAAGAAAAUAACAAAGAAAAUGAGGUAGAUAAGAAGUCAAUUGCUUUAGUGGCUUCUAGUUCUAAGUCCCUUACUAAAGAGCAAGAUGAUAGUGGAACUAGUGAUGAUGAAUGUUCGGAUGAUGAAGAAAUGAGGUUGUUUGUUAAAAGGUACCAUAAGUACAUUAAGAGAAAUAUAGUGAAACACUCCGACAAAAAUCUCAUCAACUAUAUAAGGCAUUCAAAUACCUCAAGGGAAGAUGAAAAUAAGAAACAAAAAUCUAAAGGUUCAUGCUAUAAUUGUGGAAGAGCCGGUUAUUAUAAGCCAGAUUUUUCAUUGCUUAAGAAGUAUAAAGGAAAGGGUCAUCACAAGAAGUCUAACAAGCCUAAAAGAGCAUACAUCGCUUGGGAAAGUGGUAGUGAAUCCUCAAGUGAAGGUUGUUCAAGUGAAAGUGAUGAAACGGUAAAUUUUUUCCUCAUGGCCCAUCAUAAGAAGAAGAAUGUAAGUCAUUCCAAAUAUGAAGCUAUUGAUAAAAUGUCUUAUUCUGAUUUACAAAUUGCUUUUGAAAAUCUACAUGGAGAAGCCGUAGAAGCUUUUAAAAGGUUGGAUUCAAACAAAAGAAUAUUUUCAUAUUUAGAGCCAAAAUUUUAG